AUGGACGCCUCCACGAUACUGGAUGACGCUAAACGAGAGUUAUAUAAGGAAAAAGAACUUCUGGCUCGUAGUAUGGGUGAAUUGGAGUUCCAGCGUAAGUUAUCUGAAUCCGGCAGUCAGCCGAUAGAAGAGAGGGAGAGGGCUGAGGGGGAGAGCGCGGGAGACUCGGAGCCGUCUGGAGAGAGUGACUCAGAAGAUGAAGAGGCUACGGGUCAACGUCAGCUAACAGCUCAGUUAGCAGCGCUCAGUGAGGACAUAGAUACUAAAGCUCGGCUCGUGGAGCAGCUUGAGGCGUCCCAGAGACGACUGGCCGCGCUGAGGACGCACUACGAACAGAGACUGGACCAACUACACGCACAGAUCAAGGCUACUGGAGACGAGAGGGACAAGGUGCUCGCCUCGCUCGCGAGCCAGUCGUCCCAACCUAGCGACAAAUUAAAGCGCGUUAAGGAUGAGUACGAGCGUCGUAUGAGCACCAUGUCUAGAGAAUUGAAGCGGCUGCAAGCGGCUCAAAGGGAACACUCGCGGCUACAACGAUCACAACAACACACGGCCACGCAGAUACACGCGCUGAGGAACGAACUGCAGAACUUGAAGAGGGAUAAGGUGAAGUUAGUUCAACGUAUGCGAGCUGAAUCUAAACGUCACGCACAAGCGGAGGCGGCGCGAGCGAAAGAGGUGGCGCAACUGAGGAAGGAAUCUCGAAAAAAUGCAAAUUUAAUAAGAAGUCUGGAGGCAGAGACCAGGCUGAAGGAACAGGUGCUGAAACGGAAACAGGAGGAGGUGUCGCUACUGAGAAGAGGACAUAGGGACAAACUGAGUGUACGGGCCGCGGGGAGACUACACGACCGCGGGCGUUCCCGAAGGCCCCGCGAGCUGUGGUCCCGCCUUGAGUGCUGGGUGUCUCGCGCGUGUGCGGCUCGUGGUACACUGGCUGAGCUGGAGGCUGCGCUGGAGCACCAGCUGAGGGAGAGGGACCGCGCCGCCGCUCUCCCACACACUACAGAUAAUAUGGAGCUACUGGCUUACUUGAGGGAGGCCAUCGCUGACACACAGUCACAGAUCAUGCAGAUAGAGGAGGAGAGCGAGGAAUCGGAGCUACCGUCGGUGUUGUCUGCGGCGGAGGGAGAGGCGUCGCGAUACGCACUGGAGCGGCUCGCCGCGCUCACACUCACACACGCGCAUGACGCAGCGCGCAGGAUGCACGCGCUCAACGACGCACGCGCACAGUUGGCUGAUCUAGAGGAGAAGUACGAGCGUGCGAUGAGCGCCCUCCGCGCUACAGAGGACCAAAACCUGAACCCGUGGGGCGCGCCGCCCGCCCUGGCCGCCCUACUCGCCGCUGUGUCCUCGGGAACCUCCACCAGAUCCGUCUCGCCUGUUGAUAGCGCCCUGUUAGAGGUGAGACCUCGUGUGGUCGGUAAGCGGGAGUCCAACACGGCGCCCACCUCGCCCCCCGACGAUAACAGAAACUCACCCUUCCAGAGAAACACUGUUCGUCGCGGUUCCGUUCGUCUGCGCGACUUAGGUGUGUACGGGCGCGAAGGGGACGGCGAGGACCCCAUGUCACAGUCCAUGGUGGAGCCCGAGGUACUCCGCCCCGCGCCGCUCAGCAGGGUGCCUAGCGCUCCGGGGAGUCUUAGAGGUCUCCAGCCGGCGGGGUCCCCCCUCUCCCCGCGCCGCGCCCCCGAGAGCCCCCGCCCCGCCCGCAGGCCCCCCGGACUCACCAAGCCAGCGUCCUUUGAGCCGGAAGGUACUCCGCCCGCGUCCCCCGGAGCCACGCGGCGGGCCCGGGACGACGACGUGUUCCUGAGACUCACGGGCGCCGCGCCCGACCACGCGCCGCAAGGAACUGUCAAGGAAAUCACUGUUAAACGGUCGAGUGUGGGCGCCGGCAGCUGGCUGCAGUGUACCCACGUGGCGGAGGGUCACGUGGGCGCCGCGCUCUCUCUGGCCGUCACACCGGACGACGUCUACAGUGGGGGGGUCGAUCGUACAGUCCGCGGCUGGGACCUGUCCGCGGGUGUUGAGUCUUGGCGCGCGUGGUGCGGAGGUGCUGUAGUGGGGCUGAGUGUGAGCGGGGGCUCCGACAGGCUUGUACUAGCCGCGGCCGGGGCUGCGGUUAAGAUCUUUGACACUAGAACCAACCAGCCUACUGCUGUACUAUGGUCGUCGGGAGCGUCCGGUGUGAAUGCCUCCGUCCGCGGCGGGGAGGUGGCCGUCACUGCUCUGUCCCUGGCGUCCGGUCACACGCUGUACACGGCGGCCGGGGACAAGCUGAGGCUGUGGGAUCUGAGGAUGUUGGAGUGCGUGUACAAGACGUGGUCGGGUCACGCGGCGGCCGUGAUGUGCGUGGCGCGGGAGCCGCUGCCGGCCGGGGACAGGCUGGCCACCGGCUCCAGGGACCACUGUGUCAGGGUCAUAGACCUGCAACACAACGCUGGUUCGUGGGAAGCGUGUAACCGUCGUCUCCUGGAGCCCCCUCACUACGACGGGGUCCAGGCGCUGCUCCUCCGCGGCUCGUUCCUGUACAGCGCGUCCAGGGACUCCAGCCUCAAGUGUUGGUCGCUCACAGACAACACGCUCACACAUAGCGUGAUGAACGCUCACAAGGGCUGGGUGACGGGUGUGUGUUCCCUCGGCGGAGGCCUAGUGAGCUGUGGCCGCGACCAGGCGCUCCGACUGUGGAGCUCCGCCCUGCGACCCGCCGCCAGCCCCGCCGCGCUCCCGGACGCGCCGCACGCACUCGCCGCGCACACGCACGCGCACGGACACGCAGUGUACACCGCUGGCAGCGGCGGCGAAGUGCGAGCGUGGCGCCUGGUCAACGAGCCCUGA